AUGUGGCCAACAAAAUGGCUCAGUUCAUCAUGGCGUGAAAGAACCACCAAACCACCACCACCACCAACCAGAACCCGUUCCUACGGUUCCUCCUCCUCCUGCUACUCCUUCAAAGACGUUGAAACUCUCAUCCAACCCGAACCCAGUUCACCCAAAUCCCCCUCCCUCUUCCACCGCCUCCGCGCCUCCUCCCCAUUCACCCGCUUCAUCAGCCUGCGAUCUAUCUCCCCCACCACCACCGCCGCACCGCCGGACUCCGACGGCGGCGCCGUCGUGAUCUACUACACCAGCCUCCGCGUCGUCCGCCGCACCUUCAAUGACUGCAAGGCCGUCCGAUCCAUCUUCCGGCGGUUCCCCGUCGCGAUCGACGAGCGCGACGUCUGCGUCGACGGCGGCCAGUUCCGCGAGGAGCUGCAGGAGAUCCUCGGCCGCCAGAGCGUGCCACUACCAACAGUAUUCAUCGGCGGGGAGUACAUCGGUGGCGUCGACGAGGUAACGAGGCUGUACGAGAGCGGAGAGCUCAGGGAGAUGAUCGAACGGCUGCCGAGGACGCAGCGGGAAGCAUGUGAAGCGUGUGCAGGGCUGAGAUUCGUCGUGUGCGAUGACUGUGAUGGGAGCCACAAGGUUUUCACGGAGAAGAGCGGGUUCAGAAGUUGUUCAUCUUGCAACCCUAACGGUUUGAUCAGGUGUCGUGCAUGUUUCUUCUCGGUAUCGCGCCACUCCAAAUAAUUUAAAUUUUCUGUAUUUAAAUUCAAUACUUCAUCUCUUUGAUUAUUUUGAAUUUUAGAUUUAAUGUUUGGCAUGGAAUUAUUUGGUGAAUGAAUGGGGGGAUACUGCU